GUAAUCAGUUGGCUUUAGUCUCAAGCCCUGUCCCUGCUCACCCUUCAGAAUGAGCCUCUGUACAUAGAAUGUAGCCCAGCUAAAAUAAAAGAGCUGCUUUCUGCACCAGAAAGGAAGAAACUGAAACCCCAAAAUCUAGACAAGGUACAGAAAAAAAAAAGCUUGGUGGGGGAAAUUAAAUUAAAUAAAGAAAGAGGCAACAGAAAAGAACACUUCUGAAUCUUUGAACCUGUCAAAGAACUUGAAGCAAUUCUGCGCAGCAUUUCAAGGUUGAUAACCUAUAGAAUAAAAACCCUGAAGAUGUCUGUGCUAGACACCAGGACUUCAGAGAAUAAGAAGGCUGCCAGCAAGAUGACAUUUGACUUCCAACAAAAUGCACCAUCAGACAAUGACUCUGGCUGUGCUCUGGAAGAGUACGCAUGGGUUCCCCCAGGACUCAAACCUGAGCAGGUGCAUCAAUAUUUCCGCUGUCUGCCUGAAGAAAACACCCCCUAUGUCAACAGCAUCGGAGAGAAGUUCCGUAUUAAACAGCUCCUGUAUCAGCUUCCACCCCAUGAUAAUGACGAGAAGUACUGCCAAUCACUGAGUGAAGAGGAGAAGAGGGAGCUACGUGUGUUCAGUGGGCAGAGGAAGAGGGAAGCAUUGGGACGUGGAAUUGUUCAAGUGUUUCCUUUAACUGCCACUGGAGCACUUUGUGAAAAGUGUGGGGCGAAGAUAAACGGAGGGGAUGUUGCAGUCUUUGCUCAGAGAGCUGGGAACCACACAUGUUGGCACCCUUACUGCUUUGGAUGCAUCACCUGUCAAGAACUACUGGUGGACCUCAUUUACUUUUACCAGGAUGGGAAGAUAUACUGCGGUCGGCACCAUGCUGACCUCUUUAAACCACGCUGUGCGUCAUGUGACCAGUUGAUCUUUGCUGAAGAGUGCACAGAGGCAGAAGGCAGAUAUUGGCAUAUGGACCACUUCAGCUGUACUGAGUGUGAAGUAAUUCUUGGAGGACAGAAAUACAUCAUGAAGGAAGGGCAGCCAUAUUGUUGUGGCUGCUUUGAGACACUUUAUGCAGAGUAUUGUGAAACCUGCAGAGAGAUAAUUAGUAUCGACUAUGGACAAAUAACAUUCAGUGGUCAGCACUGGCACGCAACCAACUCCUGCUUUUCAUGUACUCAAUGCAAGAAGCCUCUCUUAGGCUGUACCUUCACUUCCCGGCAUGGCCAGGUCUUCUGCUCUAUAACGUGCAGCCAAGUGGAAGAACCUGGUGGAUCAGAUUCCUCAGAUUCUGCUUUUCAGUCAACGCAGUCCCAGGAAUCAAGUUGUGCCUUCAGUCUUGGAGAAGACCCAAUGGCCAGCAACACUUCACCACCCCAAAAUCGUCACUACAGCCAAACCAUUGAAACACUGCCUGUGGACAGCACAGACUGUAUUCUUCAACAUGUGGACAUUCUCAGUAUUAAAGAUCGAGCAACUGACAGCGAAGAUAAUCAUGUGUCAGAGCUCAAGAAGCAAUGCAAGAGUUCUGUUAAACUUCAGCACUGGCAGACGGACUAUGAGUUGUUGGAAAAAGAUGCUGAGCCUCAAAAUGAGGCAAGGAGGUUAGAGGCAUGGGCAUUGGAGAAUGACAAUCUCACAAAAGAGAAAGACUGUAAGGUUGAAAUUUUGACCUAUAGUCCAGAAUCAGAAAAAAGAGAUGAUAAUUCAGCAACAUUAUGUAAUUUUAAUUGGCUAAAAGGUGGACUUGAAAAUGCCAUGAAAGUUAUUGACAAUAAGUCCCUAAGUAAUGAGCAUGAGGUUUGGCCUGUUGAAGACCAAACGACGAUGAAAACAAUGGCUAUGGAACCUUUGGCUCUUGAUCAAGGCCUGGCUUUCAAACAUCAGCUAGACAAGUACUGCGUUCAACAGGGACGCCAACUGGGAGAUGUAUCGGACAGUCCCACCAAGUCCUUUUGGAACAAACAGAAUCAAUGGUUGGAUGUUCAGGUUUGUUCAGAAUUUGCUGCACAGGAUCAGCAAACAUGGUUGGAAACUUCACCUCAGAACUUAAGAGACAAGAUGACAGAACAGAAAGUUGGAAGAAGCCAACAAGAUUCCUCAGCAACUAUCCAGAUUUCAGGAGCUUCAAACAAAGAUAACCACAAACUGCAAAAACCAUUCAGUCCUCCUGACCAAGAAUACAACCUCGAAGCAGGAAAGGAAUUUGAGCAACAAAGCAACUUUGGAAUUCUUAAAUCCUUCUCCCAUAAAAGAAGCACCGAGUCCCUCCAUUCCUUGAACUCCAAGCAAACAGAGGGGAUGGCGCAAACGUCAAGGUGGAAGCAAGAGUCCAUGUCUCCGGUAAGAAGGACUGCAGCCCAAGUUAGACCCCAACAAAUCACCUUCUGUGAUACCACGUUUUCAAAGCCCAAGGAAAGAACCAGGUGCCAGCAGACACCGAUGAGUGAGCAAACUCGAAGGAAAGUAUACAGGCAUAAAGGUAACUACCGAAGUCAUCGUCACCAAUCAAGAAGAGUUCAGAGAUCAUGUUCUGAUGAGGCUCUUCACACAAUCAGUGAGCGAUCUUUGGAAAGCGCUAAUAACAAUACUUAUUUGGAACAUUAUAACCAGUUAAUACAGACAACCAUAUGUCAGAAGCCCCAAGCUAAGCUGUCUCAUAAACAACAAACCUUUUACAGGGAAGGGGACAGUGGCCUUCAGAACAUCACCUUGAAUAACUUUCUCAGUUUGUGCUGUGAAGAUGAUGAUGGCUGCUGCUCAACGUGUUCUUCCUCUUCCUCUGACUCAGAAGAAGAGGGCUAUUUUCUAGGACAACCAAUCCCACAACCGAAAACAAGCAACGGUUGCCACUUCAGUCUGGAGCCUCGUCAACCUAAUGUGGUACCUGACCUCAUGCUGGCACAGAGAGCCAAAUCACAGAGGAAGAGAGAGCACAAGAACAAAAACUGCAUCAUUUCCUAGGCAGCCUCUUAAUCCUGGGCAAGGCUGUGUAUUUAAACCUGUAGUGAAUAUAUGUUAAAUACUAUCAAAUGGAAGAUGGAUUUGAAGUAAAGGUUUCUCCCGAUGACUUUGAGGCUUUUUUUGAUGACAAUGUCUCCCCCUCUUUGCUCCGGUGUGGUUCCAUUGCUGGGCUAUGUUUUCAUUGCUAAUAGUUGCCCUCUCGUACCUUGUCCAAAUGGUCAGUGUUCAUGUGUAAACUUGGACAACAACUUUAGCAAGCUACUCGGUCACAAUGAGGACAUGACAUGUACACACUCGUACUUUCCAGCAUUAAGUCACAGCAGGCAGGAAUGGACCGCUGGCUGAUUUUCUCCAUCCUCAUCAAAUUAAGCCAACAAUUGAGUGAUCCUACUAUCAAACAGCUAAAUCUGCACAGCAGGAAUUGAAUCUGGGACCUCCUGGUCUGUAUGCUCAGUUUACCAAGUGCACCAUUGGUUCUUAUGCCCCAUUAACACCAACUGUUUUCAUUGAUCGAAUUAUACAAUUUUCAAUCAAUUGUACAAGCUAGUAAGUCUUUCUCCAUCGACAUGACCUUAACUGAUUUUUAAUGGGGAUCAUGUUCUUUGUCACUAUAUAAUCACCCUUGCUGAUAUCCUUUGUGCAAAGACACCAGGCUCAUGUAUCGUACCCUCAACAGUCCAAUAGCUUGCCAGAUUUGCCUGCUAUGGUGAAUUACCAAAGAGCGACUAGUGCAUUUGGAGCAAAAUACAGUGGAAACUGGGAAUCAGAAAUAAAACCCAAAAACGCUGCAGCACCUGUGGAGAGAGAAGCAGAGUUAACACUUCCAAUGAUGAAAAGUCAUUAAACUCUGUUUUUCUCUCUCUACAGAUGCUGCCUGACCUGCUGAGCGUCUCCAGGAGUUUCUGCUUUUGAGUUUAUCCAAAUGAGAUGCUUCUUCGGGUAAAUAUGAAGCUGCAGCAUUCAAAACCCCAUCAUGCCCAUAUUAGUCUGUGAGCACAACUGCACACUGGAUACAGAGACCUGGUCCUUUGAUAUCCCUGAAGGCAUGGGGUGCAGUAUCCAAGCUGUGUGCCCACAUUAGCUGCGAUAGUUUCAGCUCAACCCCUUUUGUGGCUAAUAAACCAGCAUUAUUGAAUUUGUAACUACCUAAAGGUAACUUUGCUGAAGCUCCUGUAAAUACAAAUAUCAUAAUUUACAGAAUGACUAUAAAAAUCAUUUUUAUAUAACGUGUUCUAUAUAGCAUUUUAUGCAUAUUUAAUUACUGUGGAUGUUAUUUAUGCUUAUUAGGUGCAUGUACAAGCUGAAUAGAAUGUGCUUUAAUAUUUGGAAUGUCAAAUGCUUAUUUACAGAAGAAAUUGCCAGAAUUUAUUGUAAGCCUGUCAGUGACAAUAAAUUCGUCAAAAAGAGAUUGCUGUAUAAAACAGA